AUGUGGUUUUUGAGAAGAAUAAUGAAAACUAGUUGGACCUCUCAUACUUCGAAUGAUGAUAUGUUUAAACAUUCCGGUUAUGAAAAGAGGAAAUUACUACAGAUAAUCCGACAGGGGCAGUUGAAGUUUUUUGGUCACAUCAUGCGAGAGGAAAGAAUGGAAAUUCUAACAACUACUGGAGAAGAGAUCGCGGUCCAUGGUAGCCAAUGUCCUGAAAAGAUAAGACACGAGAAAGGAAGAAGAUUGAAUGAGAGGGAAAAAAUUUCAUCAGCAAUCUGUGGCCGAUACGAUUACGAAAAUUUGGUCGGCAUCAAUGAAAACAUUUUUGAGAACAAAACCAUCCCUAACAAUAUUAAGAUUUUUACACCUGAAUUGUGGAAAUUUGAUUGCGCCAUUGAAUUUCUUGAAAGUUCCAUAACAUGUUUCUGCAACGAAACGGGCUUUAUUGCUAUUUUCAUGAUUCAGGAUAACUUUCCUUACAUCGAAGAGUUGAGCGUUGCAGGAAUGGUCAUGAGGGCGGUGUCCAUCGUUUCCCUCUUUCUCACCAUCCUCACUUAUGCCAUUUUCAAAACUACUCGCAAAGGAAUAGCCACAAAAAUAUUGGUUAACUUGUGCAUAUCACUGAUUUGUUUGUUGCUGGUACUGUAUGUUGCUGAUUUCAGAUGCAACACAAGAAGCGAAUGCUGGAUCUACAACGUUUUAAGAUAUUAUUUCGUGCUGGUGUCGCUGAUGUGGAAUGGAGUGGAGGCGCACAACAUGUAUCGCAUGUUGGUGGUGGUCUACAACAGUCACGUCAGUCACUUCAUUCUCACCUCAAACUGCAUUGCUUGGGGUUUUCCAGCCUUGUUAGCGUUGUUUAUUCUGUUGGUAGACAGGACAGCAUUUGAUGGAGACUACAUCAAUUGUUCUUUCAGAUGCGGUCUGAAGAACAACACGCUUUAUUUUGCUUGGCUGUUUCCAAUGUUGGUCAUAAUAACGCAUAACAUCAUAGUUUUCGCUAUGGUUAUAAAAGUCCUGUGCAAAAGUUCUCCUAAUAUGAACAAAACUGAUCAAGAGAGACAAAACACAAAAUCUCGAUUGGCGGGAGCUCUCACUUUGUUGGUCUUGCUGGGCGUUCCGUGGAUUUUGAGUGCAUUUGGAGCUCUGAAGAAUGAAGAGAUGGACUCAGUAGAGCUUUUUAAAGGAAUUAUUGGAGUCAUUCUGGUGACAUUCAUCAGCUUGCAAGGACUGUUCAUAUUUUUGUUUCACUGUGCAUGCAACAGAUCUGUGCCUCAUGAGUGGAGUAUUCCAUCAGUUGGAAGGAAACUUCGAUCUUUUCCUAUCUCAAAAGCAAAAAUACGAUAUCAAAUCUCAGUUGGACUCAAGCCAAACCUUGUGGAGGUUUUCAGAUCACUGAGUACGAUGUUUCGUGGAGUUGACGUUGUUGGCGUCGGAGCUGCUGAAGGAACUGCUCCACUCACUACGAACAGAGCGAUUGCACAUGCAGUGGAACAAAAAAAUGAACAGGCCUUGCAAGCUGAUGAAGAUCACCAAGAUUGUCUGUAA